UGAAAAAGUUGAGACAGAGUGUGUAAUAAGUAGCAUUGAGGACACCUAUUGAAUGACAAGGCAAACACAAUUUUAAGGAUGUCAAAAAUCUUAAACUAGCUUCUCUUCUUCAUGUUAUGCUCUCAACAUUUUGGGAUAUUUGUUCACAAACACCAUAACAUUUCAACUUCAUAGUCCCUUCUAUAACUUAACUUUCAAUAUCUCUAUAAUGGCAGAUCAAGAGGAAACAGAAGAACUCAAACUUCUCACUCAAUGGAAGAGAAAGAAAGGUGGAUUCAGAGCUUCCAUGUUUAUAUUUGUGUUGUCAGCAUUGGACAACAUGGGUUUUGUGGCAAACAUGGUGAGCUUGGUUUUAUACUUUUAUGGAGUGAUGCACUUUGAUCUAUCAAGUUCUGCCAAUACUCUCACAAACUUUAUGGGUUCAACUUUCUUGCUUUCCCUUGUUGGUGGCUUCAUCUCAGAUACUUAUUUAAAUAGAUUCACCACAUGCUUGCUUUUUGGAUCACUUGAAGUUCUAGCAUUGGCAAUGCUUACAGUUGAAGCUGCUUCAGAUCAUUUACAUCCAAAUGCAUGUGGGAAAUCAAGUUGUGUAAAAGGGGGCAUAGGAGUAAUGUUUUACACAUCACUAUGUUUGUUGGCAUUAGGAAUUGGAGGGGUAAGAGGAUCCAUGACACCAUUUGGUGCUGACCAAUUUGAAGAAAAGGAUCCAAAUGAGGCAAAAGGUCUUGCAAGUUUUUUCAAUUGGCUUUUGUUAAGUUCAACUCUAGGAGCAAUUACAGGUGUUACAUUUGUUGUUUGGGUUAGUACACAAAGAGCUUGGCAUUGGGGAUUUUUCAUAAUAACCAUAGCUUCUUCAAUUGGUUUUGUCACACUUGCUCUUGGUAAGCCUUUCUAUAGAAUCAAAACUCCAGGUGAUAGUCCCACACUCAGAAUUGCUCAGGUUAUUGUUGUGGGUUUUAAAAACCGAAAGUUGUCAGUGCCAGAGUCACACGAAGAACUAUAUGAAAUCAGUGAUAAAGAUACAACAGUUGAAAAAAUUGUCCACACAAAUCAAAUGAGGUUUCUAGAUAAAGCAGCCAUUCUCCAAGAAAACAUGAAACCCCAACCAUGGAAAGUGUGCACAGUGACACAAGUUGAAGAAGUUAAGAUUCUAACAAGAAUGUUACCAAUAGUAGCAAGUACCAUAAUAAUGAACACAUGUUUAGCACAGCUUCAAACAUUCUCAGUUCAACAAGGGAAUGUAAUGAACCUUAAACUUGGUUCAUUUACAGUUCCAGCACCAUCAAUUCCAGUUAUACCCCUUAUUUUCAUAUCCAUCUUGGUACCAAUUUAUGAGCUUUUCUUUGUUCCAUUUGCAAGAAAAAUCACACACCACCCUUCAGGCAUCACACAACUCCAAAGGGUAGGUGUUGGAUUGGUACUCUCAGUUAUAUCAAUGACAGUGGCUGGAUUUGUAGAGGUAAAAAGAAGGGACCAAAGUAGAAAAGACCCUUCUAACCCUAUAAGCCUAUUUUGGCUUUCAUUCCAAUAUGGUAUAUUUGGUAUUGCAGAUAUGUUCACACUUGUUGGACUAUUGGAAUUUUUUUAUAGAGAAUCACCUUCAAGCAUGAAAUCAUUGUCAACAUCUUUAACAUGGUUGUCAAUGUCUAUUGGUUACUUUUUGAGCACUGUUUUUGUCAAUUUGAUUAAUGUUGUUACCAAAAGGCUCACUCCUAGUAAACAAGGUUGGUUACAAGGGUUUGAUUUGAAUCAAAAUAAUUUGAACUUGUUUUAUUGGUUCCUAGCUAUACUAAGUUGCCUUAAUUUUUUCAACUACCUUUAUUGGGCCUCAAGCUACAAGUACAAAUCUGAAGACCAAAAUUCAAGCCCAAUAGGUUUGAAGACAUUAAAUGAAAUGCCUCUUAAACAUAAUUGGGAAGCCAACAUUGGUGGAAGCACUCAAGACUGAAGAGAAUGGAUUAUUAUAUUGAAUAGAAUAACCAUAAGGUUGCUACUAUGUUCUAUCUACUAGGCUUUUGGGAUGUGGAAAUAGGUAGUGGUUGAAGUAUGUGUUAUGGUGCAUGUAUGCUUGUAUGAUUUGGUUGCAAUUCUUGGAUCUGGCCUACUGUUGUGUCUAGAUUCAUUUUGACUUGUUCCUAUAGUAUAUAUAUAUAUAUAUAAGUUGAUUUUGUAAUUGGUUGUUUAA